GGACUGUUUUCUCCAAGCGUUCCACGACCGACAAAAGGUGACGCUCGCUGCAAAUAACAACUUGUUCGCAGACAAGCUGUUGUACGAUACCAUACCAGUCUUUGCAGACUAAGCAUAGCACUGAACCACGGUGCCGGCUUUUACUUAUCCUUCUCAAAGUGGACAUUUCCCAAUCUCCAAUAUCCGAAAAUGGAUCUCCUCGAUCCACACAGAGAGCUUCAGAUGUACAAACAACCGAGACUAAAAUCUCCCGCCAGACUUCAACCGGCAGAUCGGGUAGUGAACGACGUUCAAGGCUGCUUUGUCCGGCAAAACCAUUCAACCUGGGAACAGUGCGGCGGCGCUUGCUCGUAUGAAGUGACCUGGAAGCGUGGGGAAUCAUCAUAAACGGUGUAAUAAUUUUGGUAAAAGAAUGAGAUGAGAUUUGUUAAGAUGCCACAGCUAAGAAACAAACGUUGAUAUGACUCUGAUACCAGCCCAGUAAGUCGAGUAUGUCCGGAAAGCUCUAGAGUGAAGCUCAACGAGUCCAAGUUAACUACCCGUAAGUAGUCGUAGUGACUGAACGUCGCGUAGAUGCGGGCACAUGACAGUAUUUGUU